UCAUCGAUCAUAGAAUAAACAACGUUUUGAUUGUCGACCAUGCGAAGCGUUACUAUUUGUCUCUUGCUGCUCACCGCGGCCAGCUGCCUGAUCGGCUCGAGUGGCAAGCAAGCAGCAACAGCAGGGGCCGAGCUGGUUAAUUUCGAGGCUGUUGAUUUGGCAAAUUUGAUCGAUGAGCUGGAUGACGAUUAUGUGGACGUUGAGGAGUCCAGCUUUAUCAGCUCGGUGCACGAUGCCCUCAAGGUGGUGCUGAAAACACUGCGCGGUGUCAACUGCACCAUCAAGGAGGUUGCCGAGAUACUGAAUGCCACCGCCAAGUAUGUGGACACUAUCGAUGCCUGCGGGGUGACCCUGACCAAGGAUGUGGCUGCUAUUGUCAGGAACUGCAAGACCAUCAUCGCCAUCUGCAAUGACAUCAUCAAUAUGCAAAGCAAGCUAUGUGCCAUCCCGGUUGAGCCCAAGCCCAAUGCGCCGUCCCCCAAGAAGUGCUCCUGGCAGCUGCUCAAGGCAGUCGUAAGGCUGGCCAGGACAAUCAGAGCCACCCGCAGGCAGAUCGCCAGACUGCCCUCCGACACUAGCUCCUGCUUUGUCAAUGCCACCAGCGAGGUGAAGGCCAGCUACGACAGCUUUGUGCCCAAUAUCAAUGCCUGCUUUGAUUAAUUGUGGAA